AUUUUACAUAAUUGUGUUUCUAUAAUGUCUGCUAUAUGUAAGUUUUUGAUAAUUUGUGGGUAGUUCAGUCGUAUCUUGGAGCAACCCUGUUGACAUAUCGAAACACAUUAACUUAUCUUAUGCCUCGGUGUACUUAUUCAAGAAUAUUAAAUAGUGAUAGUGAUAUCGGAUUUAACCCUAACGGAGAAAAUGUUGCGUUUGGUUUUUACAAGUUUAUUCGUUUUAACAAAUGGUUAUAGGACUUUUGAUGUGGACGGCGAGGAAACUAUAUUGGCUUUUGAAAAUGAGAAAAUUCAUAUUGGAUGCAAAUCGGAUUAUCCCAUGACUUAUUGCGGUUUUGUGGAUCCGUAUGGAAAGCGAUACUCAUUUACAGAUUUGGCUGUACAUGACGGUCAAUGUGUACAUGUUAUAAAAGCGAAAAAGAUCGAUAGCGGGGAUUGGAGAUGCCAUAUUGGUAGCAAAUCAGUUCGGUUGGAGACUAUCAAGAAAAUCCGUGUAAGAGUGGUUAGUAAGUUAGCCGCAGUCCAACCAAAUAUUACGGCUCGUCUCGGAAAAGCGAUGACCUUAACUUGCGCUACAACUGGGGGCUUUAUCCCGCUAAGUUAUUGUCGAUUUGAACCGCCGAAUGGGAGAUCUUUUAGUAUUGACGAAACUGUAACAGAUUCCAACCCUAUUCUGAAUAGGUAUUUAUACCCGAAUAAUCGAAGUCUGGACCGAGGAGAUUGUUGUGUUACUAUACGUAAGGUCAAGCCUGAGGACCAAGGAUUAUGGAUAUGUGGCGCUGGCCUGGAUGAUGGCAAAGAGCAUUUCGACACUAUUACCUUUGAUAUUGAAGGCAUCAACGCAAUGUCCACAGCAUCGACAACAGCUGUAACUAUUGGUGGGAUUUUAGUAACCGUUGCUUUGGGUUUCAUUAUUUACGGGCUGUGGAAGAGAAAGGGACUAUUAGGAGUUCAAGAAAAUCAGCCAGAAGACAUAGAAAUGAGAACACCACAAGCAAGAAGACAGGUGCCAGAGUUGGUUGUUGUAUCUCCUUCUACGGCUACUCCUGCUGAGUCUCCACUCAUGUCGAGUACGAGGUCCGAAUAAUGCUUUAUAGUUUAUAUGUUCUGUUGUAUGUAGAUAAUGUCAUUUGUAGUAUCAGACUUAGUAUCCCGAAGCAUCAUUUCGAAGAAGAUUUUAAUGUUUUGAUAACGCAAAUGAAACUCAGUUAUAUUAAAACAUUUUAAUGUUAUGGCUAGGAUUAAAAUUAUAUUAAGGAUUAUUGCAUAUGUUUAUUUA